CAACAACCUCCAUAUCUGAUUGGAUCAUGCGUGCACGCCGAUAAAUUUGAAAUCGGCGUUUCGUGACUUUCGCAGAGGAAAGACGAGGACGACUGGGCAAUUUAUGAGUGGCUGCGAUGUCUGGAGGCGAGGACACCGGGGCACAGCUGCAGUGUUGUGUGACGACAGAGCACCUGAACGCCUCAGGACAAGCCACCCGGAGGCAGGUCAUCCGCAAAGCGUCUGUCCUUCUGGGACGCAACGAGUUCCAGGAGCUCAUCCUCCGCAUCCACGAUGGGAAAGUCCCCCAAAAUUAUUCUCUGAAGAAGUUCAGACUCUUCACUAAGUUUGCCCGCGAUGGGAAGUGCACUGUGAAGCUGCUCCCUGAAAACAUCCAGGUACUCAUCUCCAACUGCCCUCCGGACCAGCUGAGUCUCUUCCUGAGGACUCUAAACAUCAAACACCAGGUUGCCCUGUCUGGCAAAACUCUGAGCGCACGAGAGAAACUCAAAGCGGGUCUGCCUCGCAGCUUUGAGGCUAUCAGCCCGCUUCAGCAAAAAGACAUCCAGAAGGUCAACGAGCUUCGAAGUAAUGCGGUGCCCAAAGAACUUUCGGACCGCACCAACAGGACUGCGGGUGCAGGACAGCAGGUCAAACGGUCAAGAAGUGAUUGUACCUCCAGCCCUGUGAAAGCCAACCCGAGCAAGAAACCAGUCCUGUCUUUGCCAACCCGUAGACUUAACAAAGGACAGGCUGCCAUCCUCAACGCUGUGCUGACUGGAAAGAACGUCUUCUUCACGGGCAGCGCAGGUACAGGGAAGUCCUUCUUACUGAAGAGAAUACUUGGGUCACUGCCUCCAAAGAGCACCUUUGCCACUGCCAGCACUGGAGUGGCGGCGUGUCAUAUUGGAGGAACAACACUGCAUAACUUUGCGGGUAUUGGCUCGGGCUCAGCCCCGCUGGAGCAGUGUAUCGAGCUGGCCCAGAGGCCCGGGGUGCGGCAGCACUGGACCAGCUGUCGACACCUCGUCAUCGACGAGAUCUCCAUGGUGGACGCCGCUUUCUUCGACAAGCUCGAGUCUGUGGCCAGGUCGGUGAGGAGGUCCACUGAGCCUUUCGGGGGUAUCCAGUUGAUUAUUUGUGGCGAUUUCCUUCAGCUGCCUCCUGUUUCAAAGGGAAAAGAAAAGGCCAAAUUUUGUUUCCAGGCUAGAUGUUGGCGUAAAGUCAUCCAGGUCAACUUGGAGCUAACGGAAGUGCGACGGCAAACGGAUCAGACUUUCAUCGCCCUCCUCCAGGCUGUGAGGGUGGGAAGGGCGACAGAAGAGGUUACAAAUAAAUUGAUUGCGAGCGUCUACCGUCAGAUCGACAGGGACGGUAUCGUAGCAACCAGACUGUGCACACACAAGGAUGAUGUGGAGCUCACCAACGAUAACAAGCUACAGCAGCUGCCAGGGUCGACGCGAGUAUUCGAGGCUCUGGACAGCGACCCGGCCUUAGUGAGGAUUAUAGACGCCCACAGUCCGGUCAGCAGACUACUUCAUCUUAAAGUGGGAGCUCAGGUCAUGUUGACAAAGAACCUUGAUGUCACUCGAGGUCUGGUGAACGGAGCCCGAGGGGUUGUGGUGGCAUUUGAGCCUGGAAAACACGGUCUCCCACGUGUCCGUUUCCUGUGCGGCGUCACGGAAGUGUUGAAGCUCGAACGCUGGGUGUUCAAGUCGGGGGGUGGGGCACACCUGAGCCGACAGCAGCUGCCACUCAAACUGGCCUGGGCCAUUUCCAUCCACAAGAGCCAAGGAAUGACACUAGACUGUGUGGAAAUCUCCCUGGCUCGGGUGUUUGAGAGCGGCCAGGCUUACGUGGCCUUGUCUCGGGCUCGGAGUUUGGAGAGCCUCAGGGUUAUGGACUUUGACCCCCGCGUGGUCCGAGCAGACCCUGACGCUCUCGUCUUCUAUAAGAAUCUGAGGAAAGAGAGGCUGCUGAUGCAGACUGUCAUGGAUGACUAUGGUGACAGAAGCAACAAAGAGAACAUUUGGUGAGAUUAACUCUGGCCACUUGAGAACUUUGUAGCCACACUGCCAUCAUGUGUUCACUCAUCUGUUUUUAAAACUUUUACAUGCCUUUAUUUAUUUGUGAUAUUGUCAAAUAAAUCUCUUUUAGUCAA